UUGCGCGGCCCGGGCCGGAAGUCAGCGAGUUCCCGGGUGUGUGUCUGUGUCUGGAAGCGGCGCGAGGCCGGGACUAGGGCUGGGAAUUCCCGUCUGAGCCGUCACCAGUUCACUGUCACCACUCCACGGAGCCACUGCUAGAGGGGAGUAGACCCGGCCUUUUGCCGGGUGGAGAAGAUGUUACCCCUGUCCAUCAAGGACGAUGAAUACAAACCAGCCAAGUUCAAUUUGUUCGGCAAGAUCUCGGGCUGGUUUAGGUCUAUCCUGUCGGACAAGACGUCCCGGAACCUGUUUUUCUUCCUGUGCCUGAAUCUCUCUUUCGCUUUUGUGGAACUGCUCUACGGCAUCUGGAGCAACUGCUUAGGCUUGAUUUCCGACUCUUUUCACAUGUUUUUCGAUAGCACUGCCAUUUUGGCUGGAUUGGCAGCUUCUGUUAUUUCCAAAUGGAGAGAUAAUGAUGCUUUCUCUUAUGGGUAUGUUAGAGCGGAAGUUCUGGCCGGCUUUGUCAAUGGCCUGUUUUUGAUCUUCACUGCUUUUUUUAUUUUCUCAGAAGGAGUUGAGAGAGCAUUAGCCCCUCCAGAUGUACACCAUGAGAGACUGCUACUUGUUUCAAUUCUUGGGUUUGUGGUAAACCUAAUAGGAAUAUUUGUUUUCAAGCAUGGCGGUCAUGGACAUUCUCAUGGCUCUGGUCAUGAACACAGUCAUUUCCUCUUUAAUGGUGCUCUAGAUCAGGCACAUGGCCAUGGAGAUCAUUGCCAUAGUCAUGAAUUGAAAUAUGGUGCUGCACAUAGCCAUGAUCACGCUCAUGGACAUGGACACGGACACUUUCAUUCUCAUGAUGGUCCCUCCUUAAAAGAAACAUCAGGACCCAGCAGACAGAUUUUACAAGGUGUAUUUUUACACAUCCUAGCAGAUACGCUCGGGAGUGUUGGUGUAAUUGCGUCUGCUAUCCUGAUGCAAAAUUUUGACCUGAUGAUAGCCGAUCCUAUCUGCUCAAUUCUUAUAGCUGUGCUUAUAGUUAUAAGUGUUAUUCCUCUUUUAAGAGAGUCUGUUGGAAUAUUAAUGCAGAGAACCCCUCCCCUGUUGGAAAAUACUCUGCCUCAGUGUUAUCAGAGGGUGCAGCAGUUGCAAGGUGUUUACAACUUACAAGAGCAGCAUUUCUGGACUUUAUGCUCUGACGUUUACGUUGGGACCUUGAAAUUAGUAGUAGCCCCUGAUGCUGAUGCAAGGUGGAUUUUAAGCCAAACACAUAGCAUUUUUACUCAGGCCGGAGUGAGACAACUUUACGUACAGAUUGACUUUGCGGCCAUGUAAUGAAGGAAAAGAAAUUACGCUUUUUUUUUUGGACCAAAAUUUUCUGGUACUGUACAAUCUAAAAAACUGCACCCAGCGUUUUUAAGUAGAGAGAUCAUCACUACAACUCCCCAGCACCAAGGAGACCAGCUGGAGUUAGUCUGUGCUCUGCCGGGAGUUCACAGCUAAGGGAGCAGAAUGAAAAGUUGAUCUCCUGGACUGUUGGUCUUUGUCUUUGUGCCCUUCCCUUCCAACCAUUUUGAUUUCUGAGGUUUCUGAUUUUGUUCCAGGGUGGUGGUGGUUUUUGUUCGUUUCCUUUUUUCUCUCCGGCACCCUCCCCUCCCCAGCCAUUAGGAAAUUCAGACUCUGGGCCUCCAGUCAUCUGGAAUGUCUUCACUGAAGCUGCUUGAAACCACUGCUUUCAUUCCCACAAAACCAGUGUUAUUUCAAAAAAAAAAAAAAAAGUAGAAA